AUGCCCGUUUUCCAAGCCAAACGCUUUCGUCCCUCGACAGGCUCCGGCUCAACCCUGGGCGAGCGACUGGGAGCGAAAUACCGCGCAAACCUCAGCAAACACCCGUUCUUGCUCUUCGGCCUGCCCUUCAUCGGUAUCAUGGUAGCUGGGUCCUUUGUCCUCACCCCCGCCACGGCAUUGAGAUACGAGCGCCACGAUCGUAAAGUGCAGCAAUUGAGCCAGGAAGAGGCGAUGGGUUUGGGGCUCAAGGGUCCGGAUGGCGAUGAUGCGCAGGUCAAACGGAAUCCGCGGCGGAGAGUGCUGGGGAGUGAGAAAGAGGAAUAUUAUAAACUCAUGGCCAAAGACCUCGAUAACUGGGAACAAAAGCGCGUGCGACGCUUCAAAGGCGAGCCAGACGGUAGAUUGUGA